AGUAAAAUGUAUUUUUUUCUGCUGAGGGGUGUUCACAUUUACCGAAUUUAGGGUAUAAACUGUUAGAAACUGUAUAAAGGUGAGAGAUGAUUGUUUUGUGGCUUGUUUGACAUGAGAAGAGGAUUACAGCUCAGAAAUCCUGAUGAACUAACUGAAUGUUUUUUGCAAUGUCUGUGGGUAGUUUUAAGGGUAUAGAAAGAUGCAUAGGCAGUUGGGUUAAUACUUUCUUUCUAUUCAGGGCGGGUGUGUGGGUAACGAACACAGAUCGUUUUAAAUUUAACCCCCUCUCUUCUUUCUGUGCCUUUCAGCAUGCAUAGACACAGCUUCCUUUGUCUAGCAGGGUGCUGGGUUGGUCAGAUUCAGUGUCAGGCCAGAGGGCUGGGAUUUAGUAUUAUUCAAGGACGUAGUGACUGCUGGGUGCAGGGUGAUCGUGAUUGGGGUCUGGUGGCCUGUUGGGUUUAGUGGUGGUCUCACAGAAUCAUUCUGCUCUCCACAGAAAGCUAUCCAGCUGAAAACAAAACUAUCUUAAGUUCUUGCUGAGCUUGUUCUGUUGAAGAGAGUAAUAGUAAAUAAACUCCACAGCAUGUAGCUCCACAGUACAGCAGACUCCUACUUAAAUGUAGUGGGUACAUCCAACUUCAUGGCAAGGAAACAGAAGAAGUAGUUUAGAACCGGAAGGUCACAAUCAGCUGAUCUUGGAAACAGGACCAUGGUUUGGGGCUAAUAGGAUGGGCGUGGACACAUCAGUGCAUAUGAUUUCUGCAGGGAAUGGAUUAGGGUUUUUUUUCUCCCUCUUGCUGCACCAGUCUUCUGUGCAUUUGUCAGGAACACUUAUGUGGGUUACAUUCCAUUGUUUUGUUCACUUGUCUUAGAAAACCCAAACAAAAAAGCCAGGUCAGUGUCACAUUUCAGUAGAUUAAAAACAAGAAGUCUGUGAAGGAACUGAAACAAGCUUCAUUCAGAGUCAGCCUCUGCAGCUUCCAGGCGUGCGGUACAACCAAGCUGGGAACCUCGUAGCCGAGUUGCAAGUGGGAAAGACAGAGAGGGAAGCCGGAGACAAACCAGCGGGGGAAUUAGGAGCUGUGACGUCGUGUCCUCCCUCCUGUGCCGAAGCGAGCAAGGGAAGGGGAGGUAGAGGAAAAAAGAGAGAGACUGAGACUUACGACCGACCGCCAUCCUGAUGAUGUGUCAGUCAAACACCCUGCAGGGACCAGAUCUGCACACAGGGAAAUGGUUGCAAUUCCCCCAGCUGGCCCUGAGGCGGAGGUUGGGCCAGCUGAGCUGUAUGUCUAGGCCUGCUCUGAAACUCCGUUCUUGGCCUCUGACUAUUCUCUAUUAUCUUCUGCCUUUCGGUGCUCUUAAACCCUUGACCAGAGUGGGAUGGAGGCCUAUGAGCAGGGUUUCUCUGUACAAAUCGGUACCAACACGACUGCUUUCACGAGCCUGGGGUCGAUUGAACCAGGUCGAGCUGCCCACCUGGCUCCGGAAGCCUGUCUACAGCCUGUAUAUCUGGACAUUUGGAGUGAACAUGAAGGAAGCAGCUGUCGAAGAUCUUCAUCACUAUAGAAACCUCAGCGAGUUCUUCCGCAGGAAGCUGAAGCCCCAGUCCCGGCCAGUCUGCUGCUAUCACAGUGUGAUCAGUCCCUCAGAUGGAAAGAUUCUGAACUUUGGACAAGUGAAAAACUGCGAAGUGGAACAGGUGAAGGGUGUCACCUACUCGCUGGAGUCCUUCCUGGGACCGUGCACCAGCACGGAAGACAUGCAGUUUAGCCAAACCUCAUCCUGCAGCUCAUUGCAGAACCAGCUAGUCACAAAGGAGGGGAACGAGCUCUAUCACUGUGUCAUCUACCUGGCGCCUGGGGACUAUCACUGCUUCCACUCACCCACCGACUGGAGAGUGUCGCACAGACGCCACUUCCCAGGCUCCCUGAUGUCUGUGAAUCCUGGUGUUGCCCGCUGGAUCAAGGAACUCUUCUGCCACAAUGAGCGGGUUGUACUUAGUGGUGAUUGGAAACAUGGCUUUUUCUCCCUAACAGCGGUAGGAGCCACAAAUGUUGGCUCCAUCCGCAUCUACUUCGACCGGGAUUUGCGUACUAACAGCCCCUGUUACUCCAAAGGCUCUUACAAUGACUUCAGCUUCAUAACCAACAAUAACAAGGAGGGCAUCCCCAUGAGGAAAGGAGAACAUUUAGGGGAGUUUAACCUGGGCUCGACCAUCGUUCUGAUCUUCGAGGCACCCAAGAACUUCAACUUCCAUCUUAAACCUGGACAGAAAAUCCGCUUUGGAGAGGCUCUGGGGUCCCUUUAGAAACUACAAGAGGAUUUUAUAUACAAAGGAACUCAAAUUUCCAAGAAAAAUGGUUCAGUAAUGGAAAAUAUCACUCAGCAGGACCUGGGUGAGGAAAAUAUUCAACAACACUGCUGUGUAAAACUGGGGUAGGAGUAUGUGCCCUAUAUCACAUACCCAUGCUGAGAGCAGUAAAAUAAUCAGAUGAUCCAUAUACGUAUCAGGUACAGAUGCCUUUAAGAAUGUUGACCAGGGUGGUUUCUAUCCUAUCCUGUGCCUACAGUCUUUCGCACUCUCCCCUUCAAUGUGUUGCAAACUAAUUACAUUCAUACAGAGCCUGUAGGUCCCUAUCGGGGAGGGGUGAAGGCAGAGAGAUUAGCUACCUUUAAAGGGACACUGAUAGGUUGACCUAGACCCAAGGUUUCAGUUCUGUAAAAUGUGGUUUUCAAACUUGCAGUCCUCAGAAGUGUCUAAUGCAAACAUGACAUCAAAGUAUAGAAGCCAAAUUGCCUAGUCUUACUUUCAUUGUCCAACCUAGAUGAAAUGCACAAUGUAAAUUAAUGACAUCAGUGCUGAAACCAGUACAUGAGACUCAAAUUCUGUUUAAUAACAUACUGGUAACAGGUAUGGAAACUAAUUUUUAAAUGCCUUUUAACCUGUUAGUGUCCCUUUAAAACUGGGGUUUGCACUGUAUUUUAAACCUGAAAACACUGUGUCUACAUUCCAUGUGGUUGAACUUGUCAUCUUUUUGAAAAAAGUGUAUUUUUUUAGCUUGCAGCAGACUGUUGCAGAUUCUUCUCCCAAUCCAUAGUUUUAUUUUUACCAUUCCAGGCCUUAAGGAUUUUUUGUUUGAGUGGUAAUUACUCUCCUCAGUCACCCAAAAACUACUGAGAGCUUAAUCGUGUGACAUGAAACAGUAAUAAGUGGUUAAGGAGUCUGCUCCCUUCUCAUUGCAUAGGGGAGUUUCCAUCAAUACAGAACUCCUUCUCCAUUGCAGUGGGGAUGCAGCCAAAGUAUGUUUCCCCUUCUGCUGUACAGACGCUGCUGCUUAUUGUGUUGUGUCAUAACCUUCAGGGGCUGACAUUGAGGUCUUGAUGUGGGAAUUUCUCCCUGUACAAAACAAUUUAGUGCACGGAGUGAAAUGCCAUGGGCACUGACUGUGUAUUAAAAACCAUUAUGGACCUUUGGGGCAAUCCAAGAUACUCCCCAUGUGCACUAACUUGCUUUUCUAUCCUUCAGUGGACUUGCAAAUAUUUGUUUAACUUACAAAAAAAAAAGCCAAACUUCCAUUUUUCUUUUGCACUCAUAGCUGGUAGAGAGAAGCUGGGGCUGAGUGCUCUAGCUUCAUCCUGCAGCAAUUUUAGUCUGUUAAUUCAUGCCAAGAAGGGUUAGAUAGAAAUAGUAACAACCUCUUUCAUUAAUGUAUGGAACAUGACACUAAGAAUAGGAUUUUUAAGCUUCGCAUUACCAGUAAUGGGAUUAACAGCAACUGGUGCCAAAAGUGUUGAGAGCAACUCACUUCUGCAAUGUAUUGUUUGUUCUUACUGAAUAAAUUCUAUUUUGAGCCAA